AUGCUGCUCUACACCGUCAUUUUCUACUGGAUGGUGGGUUUCAGUGGCUUCGGUACUGCGGUUCUCUACUGGAUCAACACGUCGCUGAUGGUGCUGCUACAGACGUAUAUGGGUCAGUUGCUGAUCUAUGCAACGUCUAGUAUUGAUGUGGCGGCACUAGUUGGUGUGAUGGUUUACUCCAUUACAAUCCUGUUUUACGGCUUCAAUCCGCCAGCGAGCAACAUUCCUGCAGGGUACCAAUGGUUGUACACCAUUACUCCUCAACGUUACUCCGUUGCUAUCCUUGCUGCCCUCGUGUUUAGCAAAUGUGAUGAACUUCCCACGUACGACACGACCACGCAGCAGUACAUGAAUGUUGGCGAUGAUCUUGGCUGCCAGCCCUUGACGAAUCCACCGACUAAUAUCGACCAUAUAACUAUCAAGGAGUACGUCGAGUCCACGUUUGAGUACAAGCACAACGAGAUCUGGCGAAACUUCGGCAUUGUACUCCUCUUUAUUGUCAUUCUGCGGCUGAUGGCUCUACUUUCACUGCGCUUUAUCAACCAUCAGAAGAAGUAACAUUUUAAAUCGAAAGCUUUCUGCAUGUAUGUAA